AUGCUCUCUCUCAAGCAAUCAACUUUGUCAAUCCCCGGCUCAGAUUUCCUCCGGCGAAGGUCUCCGGCUCUGUACUUUGAGCCGCCUGUUUUCCCGGUGGUCAAGACUAGCCGGAUUUCCAUUUUUUCACUCUCAAAGCCUCUCCACAUCUCUUCGGUAGAAUCUUUCUCCCCUUGUUUAAAGAAAUGUUUGAAAAAUAGUAAAGGAAAGGAGCAGUCUUUGGUCCGGUGCAAGGCAUAUGAAGCCGACCGAUCGGAGCCGAUUAAGGAUUCUACACUGGCCCGAUCUGAGGCGGCGAGGAGAGUGAAGAUCGGAACUUAUUUUGCCACGUGGUGGGCUCUGAAUGUGAUCUUCAAUAUAUAUAACAAAAAAGUGUUGAAUGCUUUUCCCUUUCCGUGGUUAACUUCAACUCUUUCACUUGCUGCUGGGUCAUUGAUCAUGCUUAUUUCUUGGGCUCUGAGAAUUGCUGAAACUCCAAAAACUGAUCUUGAGUUUUGGAAGACCCUUUUUCCUGUUGCUAUUGCACAUACAAUUGGGCAUGUAGCAGCUACUGUGAGCAUGUCGAAGGUGGCUGUUUCAUUUACUCACAUAAUCAAGAGUGGUGAACCGGCUUUCAGUGUUUUGGUCUCGAGAUUUCUCCUUGGGGAGACAUUUCCACCCGCGGUUUACUUGUCUCUUGUUCCGAUCAUUGGUGGUUGUGCACUUUCUGCUCUCACUGAGCUCAAUUUUAACAUGACUGGUUUUAUGGGGGCCAUGAUAUCGAAUCUGGCAUUUGUUUUCCGAAAUAUAUUUUCUAAGAGGGGCAUGAAGGGAAAGUCUGUGAGCGGAAUGAACUAUUAUGCCUGCUUAUCAAUGCUCUCUCUCUUGAUUCUGACCCCAUUUGCAAUUGCCGUCGAAGGACCACAAAUGUGGGCACUUGGUUUUAAAGAAGCGCUGUCUCAAAUUGGACCACAGAUCAUUUGGUGGAUGGCAGCCCAGAGUGUGUUCUAUCACCUCUACAAUCAGGUGUCAUAUAUGUCACUAGACGAAAUUUCUCCUUUGACGUUUAGCGUCGGAAAUACCAUGAAACGUAUCUCUGUAAUCGUCUCCUCCAUAAUCAUUUUCCGCACACCUGUUCAACCUGUCAACACUCUUGGAGCAGCCAUCGCAAUUCUUGGAACUUUCUUGUAUUCACAGGCAAAGCAGUAA